GAAAGCCAGGUCAACACACGUUUAGUCCGUCAUGCUCGUGGUGUAGUCCAGUAUCUGACGAACUACAUAUAUAUGAAAACAGAAACUGAAGUUAUUUCUUAGUUCGUAUUUGAGAUUCGAAAAGAUGGUUUACUCUUGCAAGCCGUCGGAGGAAAAGGAAACGAAGGAACCACGUAGGAAACACUGGGACAGCCACGUAGAGUUCCUUCUUACGCUCCUGGGAUACGCAGUGGGCCUUGGAAAUAUCUGGAGGUUUCCUUAUCUUUGCAUGAGGAACGGCGGUGGCGCGUUUCUGAUUCCGUAUGUUUUCGCUGUGGUCGUCAUUGGAUUUCCAUCCUACUUUCUAGACCUUGUAAUGGGUCAGUUCUCUGGUCUGAGUCCUUCAAAGGUGUGGAAUGUCAUGCCUCUUUUCAAUGGCAUCGGAUGGGCCAUGGCGUUCAACAUGCUGACGGGGUCGAUAAUUUACUGCCACUUGAUCACAUGGAUUCUGUACUACCUCGGCAUGUCAUUCUCCCCCGAGCUACCAUGGGCCAGCUGUAACAAUAACUGGAACACGGAAAACUGCACUCAAAAUGUCUCCAAUUAUACCCUCUUUAAUGCCACUGACAUAUCUCGCAAUGUGUCGGACUGGGAUGCUGUGUCGUACCCUUAUAUGGAAAAUGCGACGGUCGGUAUGGACAUGAGAGUUUCCCCAGGAGAAGAAUUUUUACGUUACAAGGUCCUGGAACUGACAGAAAGUGUGAGCGAUCUUGGAGGACUUCGUUGGCAGCUUGUCCUCUGUCAUUUAGCUGCCUGGUCAGUCGCAUGUCUCUGUGUCAUCAAGGGGGUGCAGUCGACGGGAAAGGUGGCUUACGUAACAGCGACCGCCCCAUACGUACUUCUGACCAUCCUUCUCAUCCGAGGAUGUCUCUUACCUGGUGCUGUGAAUGGUAUCAUAUACUAUAUCAAACCGGAGUGGAGCAAGCUUUUGGACUUCAGGAUCUGGGUCGAAGCAGCAAUUCAAGUGUUCUACUCGCUCGGGCUCUCUAAUGGCGGCAAUAUAACAUUCGCAAGUUACAACAAAUUCAAAAACAAUUGUCAGAGAGAUACAUGCUUUAUCGUUAUAGUCAACGGCCUGACGAGUCUCUACGCUGGCUUCGCCGUUUUUGCUGUCGUCGGCUACAUGGCCAAUGAAACCGGUAUGCCGGUCGACCAAGUCAUCAAAUCGGGUCCUGGUCUAGCAUUCAUAGUCUACCCCGAGGCGUUGGCUAAGCUUCCUCUUCCCCAGUUGUGGAGUGUGCUCUUCUUUUUGAUGUUGACAACGCUUGGCAUCGGGAGCAUGUUUGGUUCCCUGCAGACUGUAGUGUCUUGUCUCGCAGAUGCAUUCCCGAAAAAACUCGGCGGGAAAGAAAAAUGGAUCUUGCUGACGCAUUGCAUUGUCGGGUGUUGCCUUGGUCUGAUCUUCUGUUCGAGGGGCGGCAUGUACUGGUUUCAGUUGUUGGAAUGGUAUGCCACAACAUUUGUUAAUUUUACCGUUUUGAUUAUACAGUACCUCGGACUUGCCUGGUUGUACGGGCUGAAGCGCCUCUAUUCUGACAUUGAGAUGAUGAUCGGGAGAAAGCCGAUUUUCGCAUUCAAAGUUUUCUGGGGAGGACUCACACCAGCCUACGCUUUGGUCAUAUUUAUCUACUUUUGCACGGGAGUGAGCAAACCUUCCUAUGCUGGCUAUGAGUACCCGGACUGGGCGACGGCCAUUUCCUGUGUUAUGGCCUCCAUUGGCAUCGCUAUCAUGGUCGUGUUUAUGGUGUUGGAAAUCGCACGAGAGAAAGGCAGUCUGUUAAAGCGCUUGAGAACGCUGACCCAGCCGAAUGAGAUAUGGGGUCCCCAGGCCCCCGAGUACCGCGAGGUGUAUGCUUAUAAAUAUGGACCAAAGAAGAACGCACUGCCUCUGGUGAGCACGGAAACAAACGGAAAAGGACACAUUGGAGUGUAGAUAGAUAUCCACCACCGUGCUUCCAUUUCAAAUAGCAUUCCGCGACGUUACUAUAUAGCUCACAAGGUCAUUUGAAUAAGAUAUUGAUGACGUUUUAGUCACGUGACAGUCGGACAUCGACACUUAUUUCUACGCAUUUGAGCUUAUUUCAAAGUUAAUUAUCUUUGACCCUGCAUUGUUUUUAGCAUGAAUGAUACCAUAGAGUCAGAGAGAGAAAUAUUCAGAACAAUUAUGUAGUAUUUCCAACACUCGGACAUGUGCCAGAUUGAACCUACUGCCCUAGUUAGAAAGCCUGAAUCCAUUACGAAACCGCAUGUUUGUCUGACAUUGCCUGUAAUUCAGCGAUGGGGAAAUAGAGGGCAGCAGCUGCAGUGACCUCAUUAUCGCGGAAUGCUAUUGAACCCGGUGCAAAUACUCUGUGUAGCAACAAUAAUGCAAUGAGGCGGUCUUAUACGUUUAGAAUAUACAAAGUAUAUGCUACUUUAGAAUAUACUAUUUUCGAUUUGGAGAAUGCGUCACGAGGUCGCUUGUUCCACAUGAAAAUUGCUACAUGUAGUUGAAUGAUAGACACUUAAAGGGGUACGCCGUUCGUGAUUACUGCUGGUCUACGAAAAUAGAAAUGAAGUUUUACACAUUCAGUGCCGUAGUGAAGUUACCAAUACCAUGCAUACGAAUUGCUGAAACUUGGUAUAUGUUGAUAGUAUCUGUACAUCUGUCUGCACAAGGUCAAUGUUGAAAUUCAUGUUUCCUACGUAUUUACGCAAUUGUCAGUGAAAAUCUUCAAAUUCAAAUACAAAUUUCAGAUUGUCUCUGAGUGUGUCCCCCCACAUUGUUUGUAGGUGCGUGGGACGCUGAAGGACAAAUUGACAAUUUCUUCUACAUGUAUUUGGUACUCUAUUCAAAAUUCAUGGCCUCUCUAUAACUGUGUCUAUUUGGUAAUGCGAACACUGACAAACGGCUUAGGCCUUACGACUGUGAACACCGCGCAGUCUUCACAGGCGUUAGGUUAAUUUUGAUAUGUAUAGGCCUAUAUAUGUAAUGUUAUGUGCUCGACAUCUGUAACUAACCGCAGAGUCUGUGGACACUACGCGGGAAACCGCCGCGUAAUCAAUCUUUCUUUGUAUAAAUAAAAUGUCAAUUUAGAAAAGUGUAAAUGGCAGUUUAAUAAA